CUCCCACCCGCACCUGGCCGGAGCACCGCCCCCCUCGCCGCCGCCCACCCCCGCCUCCCUCACCCAGUCUCGUCCUCACCGUACCCUGCGUCUCCCGGUGCCUCCCCUCUCGCUCGUCGCGCUCGCGCACCGCGUACGGCUCGAUCGCCUCGGCCCUUUUUUGUUUCUCCCCGCCCGAGAGGCCAAGAACCGGUUCUUGGGGAUCGCCGGUGGGCGGAUAUUCGUCCCCUGGAGAGAUGCCUCUGGCUUGAUGUACUGAUCUUUGGGCGCGUGGGGCUACGAAAGGCGUCGCCUUUCGGCGGCGUGCGUGGUGCCGCGGCGGCGGCGGCGGCCAUGGAGAGGGGCGCGGGGAGCGAGCAGGGGUCGCCCGAGAGCGAAAUGGGCGACGACGACAACGGCAGCGUCGACUACGGCGCGGAGAUGGAGGUGGACGCCGGGAGCGGCUCGGCCGGGGCGGCGCCGGCGAGCUCGGCCUCGGCCACUGCGUCGGCGUACACCGCGCGCUCCGGCGCCUACGACGGCGUAGACCCGUUCGAGGGCAUGGAGUUCGACGACGAGGAGGACGCCUGGACGUUCUACAAUGUGUACGCCCACCGCAUCGGGUUCAGCACCAGGAUUAGCGUCAUGCACCGGUCGCGCCGGGACGGCGCCGUCAUGUCGCGCCAGUUCGUCUGCGCGAAGGAGGGGUUCCGCACCUACCGUGGGAAGAAUGAGGGUGCCCGUGCAGAUGCUGGCACUGGCGAUGAGGAUAGUGGGAGGGGCCGACGCACACGGGCUGUCACAAGGGUUGGCUGCAAAGCCAUGAUCCGGGUGAAGAAGCAGGACAACGUUCGGUGGUCUGUGACCAAGCUGGAGACUGCACAUAACCAUCCCCUGGUCCCUGCGAACCAGGCCCAUUGUCUGCGCCCGCACAAGCCACUGUCAGAGUGUGGAAAGCAGCGAACCUUUGGGGGGCAUCGAAAUGGUGGUACUCUUCUAGCAAUUGAGCCGCCACCAACACCUCUUACGCCGCAUGUGCCCCACACAAGCAUAGCUCAAGUAGUUCCCCGGUAUGUUUCGGAUGGUAUUGGGAAUGGUACUAGAGUAAUUUUGGAUUACGUCAAACGAAUGCAAGCUGAAGAUGCAGCGUUCUUUUAUGCCAUGCAGUUUGUCGAGGGGCAUCCAGUAGGGAAUGUCUUUUGGGCCGAUGCGAGAGCUAGGAUGGCAUACAAAGACUUUGGAGAUGUUAUUGCCUUGGAUGACUACUGCAAAAGGAGCAAGCAUGAGCUUCCACUUGUCGCUUUUACUGGAGUCAAUCACCAUUGUCAGCCAGUCCUAUUCGGUUGCGCCAUCAUUGCAGAUAACACUGAGGCAUCAUUUGUUUGGUUGUUUGAGACAUUUCUAUUGGCAAUGUCUGGUCAACACCCUGCCUCUCUUACCAUGGAGCAUGAUAAUGCUGUACAAUCAGCAGCUUCGAAGGUUUUUCCUCUAACUAGGCUCCGUUUUUGCAAGUGGCACAUCAUGAAUGAAGCACAGGAUAAGCUAUCACAUUUCCUGAAUGCAUUCCCGUCCUUUCAUGAGGACUUCGUCAAUUGUAUCAACAUGCCUGAGACAAUUGAUGAGUUCGAAGCAAACUGGAAGGCAUUGAUUUCUAAGGUAAGCUCUCAAAGUAGCGAAUGGCUUGUCUCAAUGUACAAUUGCCGGCAUCAGUGGGUCCCAGUAUACUUGAGAGAUACAUUCUUUGGAGAUGUGUCUUUAAAGCAGCAGUGCGCAAGCAGGAGUUCAUUAUUCGAAGGUUACAUCAGUGCCAAAACUGAUUCACAGUCAUUCAUUCAGCAGUACGAAAAAGCUCUAGACUGUUGUUAUGAGAAGGAGGUGAAGGAAGAAUUUGAUACAAAAUAUUCACUUCCAGAUAUCAAGACAUCAUCACCUAUUGAGAAGCAAGGAGCAGAGUUAUACACAAGGUCAAUGUUUUUGAAAUUCCAACAGGAAUUGAUCGGUGCCUCUGUUUCCACUGCUGAAAUAGUAAAAGAGGAGGGCAAUGUUUCCAUUUAUAAAGUGACCCAAUCUGAAGGAAGUGAGAAGCCUUUUACAGUUGAAUUUAGUUCUUCUAAAAGUUCUGCGACAUGUAGCUGUCGGAUGUUUGAACAUUUUGGAAUUGUCUGUAGGCACAUACUUACUGUGUUUGGUGCACAAGGUGUAUCUGCACUUCCUUCUCAGUAUUACGUAAAAAGAUGGACAAAAAAUGCCAUGGAUAGAAGCUCAAGCAAGAAAGUUGAUGAAAUUAGCAGAGUUGACGAGCCCAAGGAGGAGCAAAGAAGUAGCGCUGAGGAUGGUGAGCAAUCUCCGACAUGGCGUUACAACAGUUUGUGUUGUGAAGCACUUAGAUAUGCUGAAGAGGGAGCAUCAUCAUUAGAGGUUUAUAUUGUAGCAAUGCAGGCUCUUCAAGAUGCUGCUAACAGGGUUAAUAUAGCCAAGAGAGGUAUUGGACAGGUAGCACCAUUAGCGGUGAUGCCAAUUGCAGCCCAACCACCAGAAAAUUUUGGAAAAGUCCAGGAGAUUAGUUCUAGUAAGCAAAAGAAGAGAAAAAGGAAUUCAAACAACUCAAGGGAGAACUCCUCAUCAAAUCAACUUAUGUAUGUGCAACAACCUGUUAAUUUUCUUUUUGUUGCUCCUGACUCAUCAAGUGCUUUACAAGGGCCUAGUCAGCUAGUUGCUGCUGCUCCCAUUUCUUUGAGUACCCAGUAUGGACAAACAUCAGGUGCAAAUCAUUUAGUCGAUGACAAUACCUCACCUGCUCCUGUAGCUGCUGACAAGUUUUCUGGAUUGCCUGACCAAAAUGCAUCAUCAGCACCUUCAGGAAAUGUGCAAGGAGGAGAAACAAAAUCUACAGGCGCUUUUUCACAAAUAAAAGAGAGCCAUGAACUAUCCCAAGCUAAUGGCAACAGGGGAUCAAAUUCUAGUCCUGCACCACAGCUUGUGACUGUUCCUAUCGGAUUGUGCCUUCUGCCCAUGGAUGGCUCCAAGAUAUCUGCAGCUGGUAUGAAUUCUGUACAUCCCGGAGAUAUCAGUAGCAACGGCAAGGUCUCACUUGGUCUUCAUCACUGUCAGUCAUCUGCACAACAGUCAGCUGCACCUUCACAGACAAAAACACUUGACAGUAUUGAUUCUCGGGCAAAUCCUGAGGGUUCUUCUAUAAGGGCUGCAGCCAUUGCAGCUGGUGCACGCAUUGCGUCUCCAUCUGAUGUAGCUUCAAUCAUAAAAGCGGGGCCGAAAGGUGCCAUCCACAUUAGGCCUGGGGAAAACCUCCCAAAUAACCUCACACCAUUAGCACCAAAACCGCUCUCCUCACUGCCUCCAGUGAACACACCCAACUCGGCGCAUGCAUCCCCUGGCCAUACACAGCCUGGACAGAGACCCUUUGGUGAUUCAGCUGCAGCCAAGGAUGCAAUUUUUGGUUCCACAGAUGGCAGUGACAAUGACAAGUAUGAUGACAACAAAGACACUGAUGACGAUGAAUAUGAGGGGCUAACCAGCGAUGAGGCGGAACACGAAUAAUUUUCUCUCCCUGCACUAACCUCUCAUAAUGGCAUCUGAGGUGCUGAUCUUUAACAACCUCUUCACCAAUGGAAUCUCUUAGAGCACAGUUGUAUACGUGUUUAUAACCUGUAUUUAAAGGUCCCAACUAUGACCUCCAUGAGCCUAGAAUUCUCUUUUAUCUUUCUCUCUUAGUAUGGCUGGAAGCCCCUUUUGUUUUUAACUUAAUCGCAAACAUUGAGCUGUCUUGAGCUUUUUUUGGUUGGCUCCUAAUGAGGUUGGUCAGCUGGUCUGAUAGUCAGUCAGUUCACAUGCUGUAGCUCAUUAGUAGCUAUGUACAGCGUGAGUUGUAUGCUGGUGAACUACUUCAACAGUCCAAAUUUUUGUAUCCCUAUUUUUUCUCUUCUUGGAAAGAGAUUUGUUGGACUUGAGCUCACGAUCCUUUUGACUUGUUUUGGAAGAGUAGUUGGUUCUUGGGGAAAGAAAAAAGAGAUUCUUGGAGCAGGACAUGCUCUUGCGGCUUGUGGAGUUGACAAAAUUGUUUCUGCACAGCGACGUCCAAUCAGAAAUAUAUGUUUGGUUUCCUUGGUA